GGGUGUGUGUGAGCUGCUUUGCCUCCUCAUAUAUGUGUGUGUGAGCUUUCUAGAAAGUCCAUCAUCCUGCAGGACCAUGGCUUUUGGGUUCACUAAGCUCUGAUCAACCCGACCAGACACCAUAGACAUGGAGACAAUAUGGCUUUACCAGUUUCGUCUGAUCGUCAUCGGUGACUCCACGGUUGGUAAAUCAUGUUUGAUAAGACGCUUCACAGAGGGGCGGUUUGCACAAGUGUCUGACCCGACAGUUGGUGUGGAUUUCUUCUCUCGCCUGGUUGAGAUCGAGCCAGGGAAACGCAUAAAGCUCCAGAUUUGGGAUACGGCGGGUCAGGAACGCUUCAGGUCCAUUACUAGAGCAUACUACCGUAACUCAGUGGGAGGCUUGCUGCUGUUUGAUAUCACAAACCGCCGCUCAUUUCAGAAUGUUCGCGAGUGGCUGGAAGAGGCACGCAGCCAUGUGCAACCACACACCAUCGUCUUCGUGCUGGUGGGCCACAAGUGUGAUCUGGAGGCGCAGCGUCAGGUCUCCCGGCAUGAGGCCGAGAAGCUGGCGACCAUUUGCGGCAUGCGCUAUGUGGAGACUUCGGCAUGCGAUGCCAUCAACGUCGAGAGGGCGUUCACCGAGCUGACACGUGACAUCUUUGAGCUGGUCAAACAUGGAGACAUCACCAUUCAGGAAGACUGGGAGGGUGUGCGGAGCGGCUUCGUGCCCAACGUGGUGCACUCAUCUGAGGAGGUGACAAAGAAUGAGCGCCGGUGCUUCUGCUGAGACAUCUAGAACCUUAACAUUCAGACUCAAAACGUCAGAAUAAAAAGGCAAACUUCAAUCCUCACUUGUGACAUUACUCCUUCCCUGCCUGCUGAAUGGUCCCGAGUCUUCACCCUCUGGUUCUCCGCUAGUUACUGCUCCUUAUAACUAACCAUUUACAAAACAGGGAACACUGACACACAUUUCAGCUCCUUCAGCCUCUUUUCUUAAAAAACAAAACAACCAAUCAGAACCUUAGUCCAGCACCUUACACACGUCUCAAUCACUUGAAAGCCAUGACAUGUUACCCUUGAGGGUAAACAGCCUUUAGAGACUGGGUCUUCUGUAGACAUGCACAGAUGUUUCCAUGAGAGAAUAGCCCAAAGCAAGGACUUUUAACUGAACUACUGAGCUCAGGAUGCUGAAAUGCUGCUUGAGGAAAAAAGACUGGACUGUAUAUUAGUUUGGUCGAGGUGCACAUGUGACACAUAUCAAUGGUAAAAUGAAUGAAAUUGGUGUAUUGCAAUAUACCACAUAACACACAAACCAGGCCUGAGCAUUAAAGGAACAGUC